UGGUUUGCCAGCGAUAUGUUCGUUCUGGGGCUGGCUAUCGGUGGGCUUUGGUGCUGGCACGGCUGGGAACAGCUGAUUGUUAUCGGUCUGCGUCCACCACCAGCAGAAUUACACUUGAAAUUUGUUUAUUGUUGUUUACCUGGAGUUUUAUCACUGACAAGCGAAAUGGCCAGCCACGACAUCAAGCUGGAGGUCUGCGUGGACUCCAUACGAUCUGCUUUUGCCGCCGAAGCUGGCGGGGCUGCGCGGAUUGAGCUCUGCUCGGCCCUGGGCGAAGGCGGCUUGACCCCCAGUGUGGGCACUCUGAAAACCCUGAAGGAAACCCUCACCCUGCCCAUUUACUGCAUGCUGAGACCCCGGCGGGGCACGGACUUUGUCUACAGCGACGAGGAGAUGUGCGCCGUGCUGACAGACAUGGAUCUGCUGCGGGAGAACGGCGCCGAUGGCUUUGUUUUCGGAUCCCUGAAUCCGGAUCGCAGUAUCAAUGUGGACCAGUGCCGGCAUGUGAUGCUGGAGUCGGGAGGCCUUCCGGUGACCUUUCACCGCGCCUUCGACCUAACCGACCAGAAGAGCAUGGACGAGAACGUUGAGCUGCUAAGGGAACUGGGAUUUAAACGGCUGUUGAGCAGCGGUUUCCGUCCCUCGGCCGCCGAUGGUCUGGAUUGCCUUGCGCAGCUGAUAGCCAAGCAUCACAGGGACUUUAUUGUCAUGCCCGGCGCUGGCAUCAAGGUGUCCAACCUGGAGGAGAUCCUUACGGUCAGUCGCUGCCAGGAGUUUCACGCCUCCGCCCAGGACACGGCCGGCGAGGACUAUGUGGCGCCCACCACGCGAAUGGAGUGCGACGUGACCAUGGGCAAACAGGACGUGGACCCGUACUUUGGAACCAAUGCCAAUGUGGUGCGCAAGAUGGUCACCAUCGCUAAUGCCAUGAGCUGCCGUUGAAGAUUUCAAAUAGUUCUUAACCUAACCCUAAGCCCAACUUUUAUUCCUUGACUGUCUGUGAACUCCAGUUUCGUCUAUAUAAUUUGUAUAUAUCUAGUAGCUGUUGUUACUACUUAAGUAGUCUUAUCCCUAAAAUUCUAAAUCUUAAAAAUAAUCGAAACAAGGAUUAUUCGGUAGACAUUGCACUCCGACGGCAUGAUUGUGGAAACAAUAGAUAGCCCAUCUGCUUUGAGGCUACAUUACUUUAAUCAUCACUUGGACAAUGUGGAAAAUAUAUUGCGCAGAAUAGAAACCUACAGUCUUGAGCUAAAUAACCAUAUUUGUGGCACAAAGAAGCUGGUGGCCACCAACCAAAAUUUAAUUGCACGUCUCAAGAAAAAUGAUCAAACUAUGAAGACGCUACUGGAGGAUAAAGAGCAAGAAAAGCAAGUGGGGUAAGGAAUAUAAGAUUAUCUGUAAUGUUCACAACAAAUUUUAGGGCUCUCCCGACGAAAGGCGAAAAAAUCUUUCGGAUAAAAGGCAGUGUCAUCUUCGUAAGACCUGCAAGGUGACCAACAUUCGGGAGAUAUGUUGGACGCAAUGCAAGUCUCACAUCACGACACAGAAGGAAGAAAAAACCCAGGACUGGGCAGAAAUACAUAGGAAAUCCCAUACUUUGCUCA